AUGAGCAGCAACAUUACCAACAACACUUCGAAACGGUGCUUUGCGCCGCUGAAAGAGCCCUUCACCGCGGGCUCACAGCUGCGCAAGCUGGAGGGCGUGGUCUUUGAUAUGGAUGGGACAUUAUGCGAACCCCAAACCUACAUGUUCACCCUCAUGCGCCGCACCCUCUCCAUCCCCAAAACCACUGACAUCCUCGAACACAUCUACUCCCUCCCCACCGCCUCCGCCCAGACGGCCGCCAUGGAAAGUAUUCGCGCCAUCGAGCAGGAAGCCAUGGCCUCCCAGGUCGCCCAACCGGGCCUUACUUCCUUAAUGUCCUACUUGGACUCCCGCCAAAUCCGCAAGGGUAUCUGCACCCGCAACUUCGACGCGCCCGUGAACAACCUCCUGCAAAAAUUCUUGGCUGGGUCGGUCUUCCACCCGAUUGUCACGCGCGAGUUCCGGCCGCCGAAACCGGAUCCGGCGGGGAUUUUGCAUAUUGCCAAGGCUUGGGGCUUGGUGAGACGGGCGGGGAAGGGGGAGGUGGGUGUUCCUACUGAGACAAAAGAGGAGGAGGAGCAUGGGGAUGCGAAUUAUGGGAAUGGGAAUGGGGAAGAAGGGAAAGAAGACCGGGACUUGAAAAAGACGGAGGAAGGGGAGUUGGUGGCGGAUGCGAGUGGACUGAUUAUGGUGGGGGAUAGUAUUGAUGAUAUGACGGCUGGACGGAGGGCGGGGGCCAAGACGGUCUUGUUGGUUAAUGAUGUGAAUAGGCAUCUGGUGGAUCAUGAGCAUACGGAUUUGGUUAUUGAGAGGUUGGAUCAGUUGGUUGACGUUUUGGAGGAGGGCUUGUUGUAG